GGGAGAUCUCGGAGAGGCAUACAGUGAUCGCAGAAAUGACAAGUCACUAAAGUUUUUUGACAAAUACGUGGGUUUGAGAUUUGAGGUUUGUGCGUAAAAUAGAGUUGAAAACACGAUCCUUUAGAUGCUGUCAUCACUCGCCUUUGCUACAACAUAUCUGGACCAGUUUGAAUUUUUCCAGAGGUAUUUUCAUGUUGAAGAGGAAACUAAUGUAUGUAGUCUCCCUCCUGCAUAUCAUGUAAGGUUGGAUUUACAGAAAGAAGUCAAAAAGGUUUUCUUCAUUGGAGAUGUCCAUGGAUGCUAUGAUGAAUUGAUUGAAUUACUUGAAAAAGCUGGAGUUGACAAGGUUUCAGACAUCUUGACAGUAUUUGUCGGGGAUAUUUGCAACAAAGGUCCAAAGAGUUUGGAGACAAUCAGGCUGGUUCGGGAAUUUGGAUCCAUGGCAUGUUCAGUACGGGGAAACCAUGAACAGGCUGUUCUGUAUAGGUUAAAAGAGUUUGACGAAACUGCUGAACUGCCCAGUAAAUAUUCCUGGAUAACCCAACUAUCACAGGAAGAAUGGUUAUUUCUAGAAAGGCUUCCAUUCACAAUUUCCAUUCCUUUGUUGAAUGUUAUUGUGGUCCAUGGAGGUUUAGUCCCUGGGGUAAAACUGCAAGACCAAAAUCCAAGUGACAUGUUGAACAUGCGAAAUUACGUCCAAGAAUGCCUUUGUGGUUCUAGUAACAUUGAUGAUGGCAUUUCUUGGGGUAGCCAAUGGCCUGGACCAGAGUUUGUUUUCUUUGGCCAUGAUGCAAGGCGCCGGCUUCAGAAAUACAAGCAUGCAAUUGGCUUAGACACAGGGUGUUUAUAUGGUUUAAAACUGACAGGGUUUAUGGUCAAUGUUAAUGAUCAAAAUCCUUUACAAAAUGGGCAGUUUAUUUCAGUCGACUCUCAUUCAUGCUACUCUAAAUCAUAAAUUGUGUCGAACUUUUUACAAUAUUUGCCAAAUUCUUGCAGUUGAUUUAUGUGAAGAUAAUCUCUUAGUCUUAUGCAGAAAUAUAUUUUAACUAAAUCAGGAUAACAUACACUUUCAUAUAACUAUAUAUUUUAUAAUUAUAGCAUAUCUGACCAUUUUCCAUUCAUGCAUGAACACACUUUCUGUCAACAGCACCUUGUUAUUGCAAUUUCUUAAUUUCUUUAUUAUAUAACAAUAGUUAGGAUGUUAACUAAUUGUGAGUGACAUCUUUGGCCCAGCAUGAUUGAUAGAACAACAAACCUACCUGUCAAUUCCUAGGCAAUAUUGGGAACACUUUGAUAUUUCAUUAAUUUUUUAUCUGCCACAUGAAAAUAGACAUUGGCAUUAGUGAACUGUAGCUUCUAGUGGCAAUAAAAUACCAAUCUAUUCUGCCCGUAGGUUGCUGUAUCUAUUGAAGAAAAUGUCAACUGCAAAUUUCGCCAUAGAAAUUCAAUAGUUAGAUAACUGAAUUUGCGA